UUUCUUUGGAAUGUGUAAGAUUUGGCUGCCUAUAUUCCUCAAUAUCACUAACCUUGGAUGCAGGCCGGAACUUCACUCUGGCAUCCUCGCAGCCUCCUUGCCUUCACUACGACCCCUGUUUCGUAAACUAAUCGAAAACACAUCCAAGCGUUAUAAGGCCGGCGAACACCCGAACUCCAAGUAUGGAAUUCGAAGUUAUGGGCUGUGAAUGAAUAGAAAUGGGUAUCUGAAGCAAGAUGAUAUCGGUUUAACGAACUUGGAGCAGUGGCCUAAUUGGGCUGGUUUUGGCGAAACCGGGGUCAGCACUACAGGCAACAAUAGAAACUCCCGAGAAGAGAAC